ACAUUCAUUGAUCUAAUAUAAAUUUUAAAAAUGCUUAUUAAACCUUUCAAUCCAUUUUACUUGAAAAACAAUUCAACAAAAUCUACAACUUUAAUAAAAAAUUUACAAUGUCGUUCUUAUGCCAGUAAUACAACCUUAACUUUAUAUAAUAAAAAUAAUAAUAAAAAUAAUAAUAGUAUGAUUGAUGUAAGGGAUUUUUCAUCUGAAACAAUUGAACUUAUACGUUAUAGAUUAAAUUCUUGUAAUAAAUUUAAUUAUAAAUUUAAUUAUGAUACUACAAACAAAGUUAGAGAAGCUGCCGUUUUGAUGCCUCUUUGCGUUGUGAAUGGUAAACCAAGUGUAUUGUUUACGAUAAGAAGUAUGCAUUUAAAAACUCAUACGGGUGAAGUAAGUUUUCCCGGAGGAAAAAGAGAUUUAACAGAUCCUUCAUUGGAAUCAACAGCAUUAAGGGAAACUUAUGAAGAGAUAGGUAUCCCCCCUUCUCAAAUUGAUAUACUGGGACGAGAUUCAACAAUGCCAAAUAAAGACAGAACAAUGAAAAUAUAUCCGUUUGUUGGAUUUAUUAAAUAUCCAAUUGAUAUCAAUAAAAUUAAUUUUAAUCAUGAUGAAGUAUAUGGUGUAUUUAGCGUUACUUUAAAGGAAUUAUUAAAUCAUGAUAAAAGUAAAUGGGGAAGGUUUAGUAAUUCAAAACUUAAAUAUCCCAUAUUUGAAGCACCAAAUGGAUUUGAAAUUUGGGGAUUAACUGCAUUUAUAUUGGAUAGUGUAUUGCACAAGAUAAAUCCUUAAUUGAAAAAAAAGAGAUCGGAAAAUAAUUCAAUGGAAUGAUAACUUGGAAAUACAAAAUCUUCAUCAAUUAUUUUUCUUAAUUGAUCAAUAAUAAAUUUUUCUAAUUUUCCAACAUUCUUCAAAACUUGUUUUUCUUUAUCCCCUAUUUCAGAUUCGAUAUAAACUUCUUUUAAAUGACUUU